AUAGCAACCAAAAGUGGCUUCAUAAUCUUUCAUGUUACCAACAAAUAUACUAAACCAAAACCACAAUGUACAUUUCCCUUUGAAUAUAUAUAUUUUUUUCCUUUGGCUUUUGCAAAGGCAAAGCUGCAUAUCUAUGUAUCUAUCCUUUUUAUAUCUCUGUAUAUAUCAAAUAUGCAAAAAAAACAAAAAUAAGGAAGAUUAGUAAAGCGGGACAAGACAACAUUUAAGCCCUCUUUCCCUCUCAUUUCUAUUCUUUCUUUCUUAUUUUUUUUUUCUAUUUUCCCAGCAGUCUUUGCAACUCUUUGAAACAGAGGAAAAAAAAAAAGGGCCCCUUUGCCAGAUAGAGAGGACUCCAUCAUCAUCAUCAUCAUCAUCAAUUCAUCAUGGAUUCAGUGUGGAGAAUGUUGAGAAUCAACAUUUUGGUGUAUUUGGUUGUGUUAUCAUUUCUGACAAGUUCUUCUCUUGUCAGAGCCACCGUCUCUUUUGAUGGCCGUUCUUUUAUGAUCAAUGGCCAGAGGAAGAUUCUUAUUUCUGGUUCCAUACACUACCCCAGAAGCACUCCUGAGAUGUGGCCUGAUCUUAUUAAAAAGGCUAAAGCAGGAGGCUUGGAUGUGAUACAGACUUACGUUUUUUGGAAUGUGCACGAGCCACAACAGGGAAAGUACAAUUUUGAGGGAAACGCUGAUAUUGUGAAAUUCCUCAAACUAGCACAAGCUGCAGGCCUCUAUGUUCAUCUCCGCAUCGGCCCAUUCAUCUGUGCUGAGUGGAAUUUCGGGGGAUUUCCUGUUUGGCUAAAAUAUGUGCCUGGCAUUGAGUUUAGGACAGACAACGGGCCUUUCAAGUCGGCAAUGCAAGGAUUUGUUUCCAAAAUUGUCAGCUUGAUGAAGGCAGAACGUAUGUUUGAGCCUCAGGGUGGACCAAUCAUCAUGUCCCAGAUAGAGAAUGAGUAUGAUGGAGUGGAGUAUGACAUUGGUGCUCCCGGCAAAGCUUAUCUCGCAUGGACAGCUCAAAUGGCCGUGGGUCAACAAACCGGUGUUCCAUGGGUUAUGUGCAAACAGUGGGAUGCCCCUGAUCCUAUGAUUGACACUUGCAAUGGCUUCUACUGUGAGGGUUAUAAACCUAACAAGCCCUGGAAACCAAAAAUGUUCACUGAAGUCUGGACUGGCUGGUACACACAGUGGGGUGGGGCUAAUCCUCACAGACCAGCAGAAGACUUGGCAUUUGCAGUUGCAAGGUUCAUUCACAACAAUGGAUCGUUUUUCAAUUACUACAUGUACCAUGGUGGAACCAACUUUGGCCGAGGUGGUUCUGGACUUUUCGUUACAACAAGCUAUGAUUAUGAUGCUCCUCUUGAUGAAUACGGACAAUUCAACGAGCCAAAGUAUUCACACUUGACAAAUCUUCAUAAAGCUAUCAAGCAAGCUGAACCAGCUUUGGUUUCAUCAUAUCCAACAGUUCAAUGGUUUGGGAAGAAUCAAGAGGCCCAUGUGUUUACAUCCAAAACUGGAGCUUGUGCUGCAUUUCUUUCCAACUAUGAUCCAACAUAUUCAGCCAAAAUAACCUUCCGCAAUGUGCAGUACGAUCUGCCACCUUGGUCUAUCAGCAUACUCCCAGACUGCAAGACUGUAGUUUACAAUACUGCAACACUUAAUAAUGUCCCAACCACAUGGCCAAAGUUUACGCCAUUAGGUGGUCCACUAUCAUGGCAGUCACACAUUGAAGGGAUGCCUUCUGCUGAUGAUAGAGAUACAUUCUCAAAGAAUGGAUUGUGGGAGCAAAUUGGUUUAACCUGGGAUAACUCGGACUACUUGUGGUACUUGACAGAUGUAAAUGUUGCAGCCGAUGAGGGAUUCCUGAAGAGUGGAUAUUGGCCUAAGCUCACAGUCCAAUCAGCUGGCCAUGUAAUGCAUGUUUUCGUCAACGGUGGACUUUGGGGAACCGCUUAUGGAACACUAGAGAGUCCCAAUUUUAAAUUCCCCACAUUCAGUAAAAAUGUGAAAUUGAAUGCCGGCGUCAACAAGAUAGCUAUACUUAGCGUUGCAGUUGGUCUUGCGGUUAGUUAGCAUUUGAUAAUGUCCAAAUUCUUUUCAAAUCCCUUGGUUCUACGCAGAAUAUUGAAUACUAUUCAUAUUUCAGAAUGUUGGCACGCAUUUUGAGCGGUACAACACAGGUGUUCUCGGUCCAGUAACUUUGGACGGUUUCAACGCAGGGACAAGAGAUUUGACAAAGCAGAAUUGGAAUUACAAGGUUACUUGAAAAGAUUUGAAAUUUAUCUGGAAUAAUGACCUGGAAAUGUUGAAAAAGAUAAUUUCUGUGACAACCGGCAUAAUUCCCAAAUGAUCAUGCUCUUUUUUGGAGUUUACUUCUAUAAGAUUAUCAGAGAAGGUGGAGAUAGUUGGCUAACGCUUGAUUGGCGGUUCAUUGACAGGUUGGUGUAUAUGGUGAAUCCCUAGGCCUCAAUACUCUCAGUGGAAGUUCCUCGGUGGAAUGGAUACAAGGAAAUUCAGUAGCUUUCAAGCAGCCCCUGACGUGGUACAAGGUAACUUUUCUUUCUCGUCUAAUGUGGUUCAAGUGGUCAAAACCAACACUGUUGCUUUCAUCAAAAUCGUGCUAAACAUCCUGGUUGGCUGUUUUAUUAACUCAAACAAUGUCCAUUUUUUUUUCAGACCACUUUCCCCACACCGGCCGGAAAUGAUCCAGUAGCUCUGGAUAUGGUAUCCAUGGGUAAAGGUCAAAUAUGGGUGAAUGGUCGUAGCAUUGGACGAUACUUUCCUGCAUACACAGCUCAAGGCAACUGCGAGAAAUGUAAUUAUGCAGGGCAGUAUUCAGCAACGAAAUGCCAGUUAUACUGCGGAGAGCCUUCACAGAGAUGGUAAUAGUAGUUACAACUUCUACCAGUUGAAUAUGAACUCUACUAUUCAAUUUGUUGACUCGACACCAACUAAAUUUCAGGUAUCAUGUUCCUCGUUCCUGGCUGAACCCCGGCGGUCAAAACUACCUGGUCGUGUUCGAAGAAAUGGGUGGUGAUCCAUAUUGGAUUAGGGUGGCUACAAGGUCAAGAGCCUGAUUCACAAACCAUUAGCAAUUUGGUCGAAAAGGAUAAACAUUGUAUAGUCGCAAUUCACUGUCAAUGAUACACAACCCCAAGGCAAUUGUAAAUAGGCUCCUCUCAGCUCAGGUCAGCCCUCAUUGUGGUUGAGGUUUACUAUAUAUAGCUUGGUAGGUUUCAUAAUAAACAGAAAAAUCUCUUGUAUACAUAUCUCACACCAAUUCGGCAAUUCGAUUGGUGUUUUUAUAUAAUCUCAUCAAAGCAGUAUCAUCUUUUUACCCCUAUCAAAUAUCAUGUACUGUUAUCAGCUGUUAUCCAUCAG